CGCGCCCGCAGCUCUCAGGUUAUGUCUCAUCUGCUGUGAGGACAGGACGGUAUUAUGAGCUGAAGAUUUCCUGCAGUGUUAUGAUGGUUUGUGAGCUGUUUAAAGGGUGAGCGGCUCCUUACAUGUGUGGUGGUGUUAGAGUAGAUUUAGCUUUAGUUCUGUGGUUUUUACUUAGAUUAUUGGAUCUUUUUUUCUUGAACCCCCCCUCGGUAGUUCUAGCCUCUCGGACAGUCCCGGAGUUGUAGUUUUGUGGCAGCACAAUGACACUGGUGUUUUUUGAUUUUGUGCUGGAAUAGCGACACAUGUUCGGCAGAUAGGCUGCUCCUAGUGUCACCCAAAAGCAGCCGAGACCGGACAUUUUUCACCAAGACAGAGAGCAGAAGAAGGAGACGCAACAUGUUUGAGGCUACAGGACUCCCUCUCAUCGUGCUGGACCUUACCUGCCUUAUCCUCGUUGGACUUCCGUUUUUCAUCCUCACCCCUCGACACAACCCUUUCAAACGAGGUUUCUUCUGUAACGAUGAGUCAAUCAGAUACCCGCUCAAAGAGGACACCAUAUCCUACCAGCUGCUGGGAGGAGUCAUGAUCCCCUUCACGCUCAUUGUGAUCAUCUGUGGUGAGUGCCUUUCUGUUUACCUGUCUCGCAUUAAGAACCAGUCUUUGGGAACAAAGUAUGUGGCCUGCGUCUACAAAGUGGUGGGUAGCUACGUGUUUGGAGCGGCUGCUAGCCAGUCUCUGACAGACAUUGCUAAAUACUCCAUUGGACGCCUGAGGCCAAACUUUUUGGCUGUGUGCAAACCGUCAUGGGACCGAAUCAACUGCAAAGCUGGUGGAUACAUCGAGAACUUCACCUGCAAUGGAGACAAGUUUCUGGUGGAUGAAGCCAGGUUGUCCUUCUUCUCCGGUCAUUCAUCCUUCUCUAUGUACUGCAUGCUCUUCCUUGUACUGUACAUUCAAGCCAGACUGAGGUCUGAGUGGGCGAGGCUCCUUCGUCCCACCAUCCAAUUUUUCCUGAUUGCGACCGCUGUGUAUGUGGGCCUUUCCAGAGUAUCAGACUAUAAACAUCACUGGAGCGACGUUCUCGCCGGCCUCUUACAAGGCGGUUUAGUAGCUGUUUUCACAGCAUUCUGUGUGUCCAAUUUUUUUGAGCAGCCGGUGGAUCCAGUGGUGUCACAGGAAGAAGAAGCCUCUCACACCAGUUUACAGGAAAACCCCUCGAAUGGGAACCACUACGGCAGCACUGAGUGAAUCUGAUGCCUCAAAGACAGUACUGUAAAGAGACUUUAAAAUUGCCAUGGAGGACCUAAAGUACACCAAAGGACUGCAUGCAAGUGCUUCUAUUUAUGCUGGCUGCCUGUUCCUAUGCAUUUCUUCAGCACAGCUUGCCCCUCAGUUAGAAGAUGCUGAAGUCUGCAGGAUUUGGCUGCUAUACCUUUUGGUGUGGUUGCUAUACUUCAGAUACAGGGAGAAAGUGCACUACAGAAGACAGCUCCUUUCCUGUACUACUAUGUAAAGAUGAUGACAUUUCUGCCAAGUUUUUAGCAAAUCCAACAUAAUAGUUUAUUUUGGAAUUAGGACACAAAAUACAUUAUGUUGGGUUUACCUUAGGACAACUUUCAUUUUACAGUGUGAGCUUGUUGAAAGUGUGGUUUUUAGUAUAUAUCGGUCUGGAGUUGCUAAUUUUAUGAAUGAAUGAAAUUCCUUAAGCUCAGAAUAUAAUGACUGUCUGUGUGCACACUGCAAGCAGGCUUGUAGAGAGCCUUGUACCUGUGAAUAAGAAAACCUGGACUGUCCUUAAAGUGGAGACUGAACUCUAAAAUAAUAUAUUUCAUGUUGAUUUUUGCCUUAGUCAGAUUGCUGCUACCUGCUAUCAUGUCCUUGAUAUUUCAUGUAUGAAAAAACAAUGCAUUGAUUUUUAAAUUAAUGUUCUUUGAUCACUUUUUUACAAUUUGUAUGAUCGUCUUUGUUUUUAUUUGUCAACAUGGAAGCUUUUAGCUACUGUUUGAAAGCAUUCUUGUUAAAAAUGAUUUGAUGAAUAAAAAGAGGCUUGUUUUA